CUGGGCGUGCUGUCCGGCAACGCCCCGCGCUGCCCGGGGCUCAAAGCCCCGCGGCCGGACCCGGACGCCGACCUGAGCGUGUGGGCCGUCAUCAGACCCGGCCACGUCCGGGAGAAGAUCGCCAUCUUUGCGGCGGAGGGGCGGUGGAGCGACCCCGCCCACGACUCCGCCUCCCCCGUGGGCCUCCGCCGCCACGAGCGGGUGCUGAUGGUGUGCGCCGCAAAGGCCAAGGGGAGCCGGGGGGGGGACUCCACCCCCAAGAGGCGGCGCCGGUCCGAAAACAGCCCGAAACUCCCGCGGGACCAGAGGAACCAGCUCUCGGGCGAACAGCCAGCACCAAUGGCGUCAAAGCUGGCUGGUGGGGUGGGGGGGGGCGAGCCGGGGACGGUCGGGGGGGACGAGGACCGGCAGAAGGUGUCGGUGGGGGAGAUGGUGGCCUUCCUGGAACGGAGGGCGAGCAAACAGAAGCCCCGCCCCAAACCCGCCCCCCACCUCCAGAGGAGCUCGGCCAGCAUCACGCUGUCCAGGCCCCCGGCCCCCCCCGAGGUCCGGCCCGAGGAGGAGCCGGACAGCGUCCGCGUGUCCGACAUGGUGGCCCGGCUGGAGGGGGAGUGCGUGCGGCGGCAGAAGGAGGAGGGGGGCGUGUCCAGGAGCAGCAGCCUGAGGCGGGGGGCGGGGCGGGUGCUGCUGACCGCCGGGGACCAGAGCCCCCCCCCCGGCCGGCCCCUGCCCCCGCCGGCCCCGCCCACGGCUCCGGGCUUUUCUCCCAAGGUCCCGUCCCUCUCAGAAGGACCGGUGGUCAGAGCUGAGUCGGCCAUUUGUAGAGUAGCUCCGCCCCUUCCGUCCCAGGAGGAGGAGCCUCUGCCCGGUUUGCUGUUUCUGUCCCCGCCCGGCGCCGAGGCCGCCCCCCCGCCUCAGUCGGACCCCGGUGGCGACACCCCCCCGCCCCCCGGCGCGCCCCCCUGCCCCCCCCCCGGCCGCGAGGGGCGGGGCCCGGCGGCCUCGCCGGACUUCCUGGCGCUGCGGCGGCGGCUGCAGCGGCUGCUGGCCCCCCAGCCCCUCCUGCUGCUGCUGCCCCCCCACCUGCUGCUCAAGAUCCUGCUGCUGCUGCCCACGCGCAGCCUGGCCGCGCUCAAGUGCGCGUGCACGCGCCUGCGCCUGCUCAUCGACGACUACGCCCCGCGCCCCGCCGACUCCCUCUGGGUGUCGGACCCCCGUUACCGCGACGACCCCUGCAAGCAGUGCAAGCGCCGGCACCGGCCCGGCGACGUGUCGCUGUGCCGCUGGCACCACAAGCCCUACUGCCAGGCGCUGCCCUACGGCCCCGGCUACUGGAUGUGUUGCCGCGGCGCCCGCCGCGACGCGCCCGGCUGCAACGUGGGUCUCCACGACAACCGCUGGGUGCCCGCCUUCCACAGCAUCAACGUGCCCAUCUACAGAGGGAGCCGCAGCCCCGACAACUGA